AUGUCUGUGCCCUUCACGUUUCCUUCUUCCUGGGUCCCCGACAUCCCGAGCCAUCCAGGUUCAAAAGUUGCAUGCAAGCUUCGAUUCAUCGACUAUAUUGAGCGGCAAAGACCUAGCCUUCGCAAGUUCUAUAAUGACGAAUCACUCGACGAACCGGCUGGCCGCGCCGCUAGAAUGAUCUGUGCCCUGUGUGUCAAAGGAUGUAGAUUAGAAACGGCGGUACAACUAUCGCUUCUUGCGUUAUAUGACCUGAGGCUGCUGAUUGAUUGGUACCAGGAAAAACCGGGUCCCGGCAUUGGGGGGCCAAUGUUUCCUCACAUUGACUCUCUCUAUAUUAGGUUCAUUAUCGAGAGCGUGUCAGAAAUCUACGACGACGCCAGCCUAAAGGGAGUUUCCUCAGUCCAAUUUGUUGGCCAUUCCCCGGAAUAUCAGAAUGUGACAGGGGGCGAGAUAGUUGAUCUGCUUAGGGACGUAAACUCAAAGCUUAUUGGACCUAUUGAGGGCGCGGGUGAGAAGUUAGUAGAAGCAGUGGGACUGGAUAGGGGGAGUUCAGGUUUGGUCGAUAGGCCACUACUCAUACUGGUACUGUGUCGUACGGAAAUCGAAGACGAGGAAGAUAAGGCCUUUCAUUGGCCGCGUAUCAGAAGCGCCCUGCGAGCACAGAAACGAGGUGGUGGUCGGUGGGCUAGGAAGGUUUUUAUCUCAGCGGCAGAGGUGGGAAGAGGUAUGACAAAGCUAUUCUCCGGGAAAUCAUGGACUCAUGUACAGCAAUACUCUCAGAUCCGGUAUCUACUUCUCGGAUAUCUACCGGAGCCUCAUUUAUUCACGGACAUGGAUAUUCCGGUUCUUGAGGAGUAUAUCAGAGUCCGUACACACCUAGGCCUGGGAUUCGAUGAAAUGGAGAGAGACAAUCCAUCUACUGCUGAAACUUUAACCAUAGAUACGCAAAAACUGGACAUAAUGACGCAGAUCGAAAUCCUAGGACUAUUACCAUCGAAGGCUAUAGAAGAGAAAAAUGCCUUAUUUGAUGCCUUAUUUGAUUGCGAUGUAGGCGCAGUCGUCCAGCCCCCGCCGACUGACCACGAAACCUCUUAUCUCCGCCACCUACGUAAUGCUUCACCGUUUACCCAGCAUGACAUGUUCAUGUUGGAAACAAUAUUCGAUGAUGAUACUUCAUCAGUUUUACAUCGGCCGCAAGAGAACCUUCAUCUGCACAGGGUUUGCGAGGUCUCAGUCAACAGGCGGUGGUUCGAUGAGAGAGAUAUCGGGAGUGGUGCUUUUGGCACCGUUAAAUUACAGGUCAGCUCUGACGGACACACACGUGCGGUGAAACGUAUUCACAGACCAGAUUCCAAAGAGAGGGAGGUGAAGGCUCUGGCCAAGGUUGCCGAUAGGGACGAUCUAUUUGUGAGAUUUCUUGGAUGGUACAGGGAUAAGCAUUCCUGCCUUUACAUCACAAUGGAAUAUCUCGAGCACGGAGAUCUUAGCAUAUACCUCAAAACGCAUGGCCGCGUUCCUGAAGGGACGAUUCUUAACAUCAUCACACAGGUACUUCAUGGGCUUGUAGUUCUACAUGAGCGCAAUAUCUGUCACAGGGAUCUAAAGCCCCAGAACAUCCUUAUCGCCUCGCCUCGCCCACUCCGAGUUAAGAUUGGGGACUUCGGCACGUCGAAGUAUAUCAAGGAAACAGAACUCAGAACAAGAGUUGGGACAGUGGAAUAUACAGCGCCUGAAGUCCUGGGCCUGUGGACGUCAAAAACCAAGAGGAACCGUUUUCCGUACGCCUUGGAUAUAUGGUCAAUGGGAUGUAUCUUUUACGAGAUGAUUACUUCUAAAAGACCAUUCACCUUGGUUCAUUUGACCUCCACUGCGAUAUCAACCUCUAUUGUGGAGACUGAGACUGGGCUCGAAACAGGUGUAGAGGUUGGAGAGGAGAUGGACAUGCAACUCUUUCUGAAGUUUUGUUCAGGUGCUAUACCUCUUCCGUUGGAGGAAUUCGAAUGUCUUGGGGCGAGUAAGGAGGCAGGGUUAUUUGUAAAAGCAGUUUUACAAGCAGACCCGUCGAUGAGACCUUCAGCCUUGGAAUGUCUUGAAGAGGCUAAACGUAUGGUUGAUAUAUAA